GAAGCCAAUGCGCUGUCGGGUCCAUUCUAAAUCAGACGGGCAGUCGGUGGGGGCACGUCUGAUUAGAAUUCUACUUUUUAGGGACUCAAUUUCCAAAUUAAAGGUUUAUUACGCAAGUGACCAAAUAGGGGACGUGUAGCUUACUCUUCCCUAUGACCAAUUAUUUAUCUGGACGCGUCCACGAGUUUCCAUAACUACUUCGGACAAGUAGGCUAUCUUUCUUCAUUAUUGAGCAAGAGCCUUUAAACGUGUGUAUUUUCUCUAUUUAUAGAAAGUUUUGCUGGAUUUCUACUAAAAGCCUCCGGUUUAGAAAACCUGUCCUCGUUUCGCAAUUGAAGACUCAAGGAAAACACUGGAUACACAAGUCGCUACACACCGGGAAUAAGGAACAAAGGCAUCUGUACCAACAACAUUAGAGACACCGGUGUUGCCGCCUCUCUUCAAAACAAAAUAACCUAUUCAGUUUGUAAAGGACUUUAAUACAUAUUUUACUUUGGAUAUGUAAACAGACAUCCCGCACAACAACCGACGAAUGCUAAUUUGAACUAAUAUUUUAUGGUUCGAUAAUUUGCACAAGUAACUGUAAAUAAGUUACAAAGACUCCCUUGAACCAAGCUCUCAAAAUUAUUUGGUUUCCUCUACACCGCAAUGGUUUUGCUACGGUUACUGCACAUUUCGAGUUUCUAGACAAGCACUGCACAUUUCGAGUUUCUUGACAAGCAAAGCACUACACCCAAAGCUGGAGUUACGAUACCAUUGUUCUGUUCUGGAGAGCGGACCCCUUUGUCUUCCACUGCCAAGAUGAGUGUGAACAUCUCCUCUCCCGCCCCUGCGCCUACUCGUCCCCUGCGGCUGAAGCGGCUGGAGCUGGAUGACCCUCAGGACUACACAGAGGCCCUGAAAUGCAAGCGUCCUCGACUGAGCCUGCCACCCUCAUCCCCCGGCCUGGCCCCCUGCUUGAGGCCCCUGAGCCACAGCCCGGGCCCCGUGGGCUCCAACCACCACUGUGUGUCCUGCAUUGGGCCCUACGUCUUCCUUGAACCCACAGAGGGGACAGAGACGUACAGGGCCAUCCACAGGGUCACAGAGCAGGAGUACACCUGCAAGGUGUUCUCUAUGAGGCGGUACCAGGAACUCAUUGCCCCCUACGCCCGCCUACUGCCUCACGACAACAUCUGCCGCAUCGCAGAGGUGGUGACGGGCGAGCGCAGCGUCUACGUCUUCUUUCAGCGCAACUACGGUGACAUGCACUCUUACGUGCGCACGUGCAAGCGGCUCCAGGAGGAGGAGGCGGUGCGUCUCUUCGGCCAGAUGGCAGCGGCCGUGGCCCACUGUCACGAGCACGGUGUUGUCCUGCGUGACCUCAAGUUGCGCAAGUUUGUCUUCGUGGACCAGCAGAGGACCAAGCUUGUUCUUCAGAACCUGGAAGACUCAUGUCUGCUCCACGGGGACGACGACUCUCUGACGGACAAGCACGGCUGCCCGGCCUACGUGGGCCCCGAGAUCCUCAACUCGCUCCACUCCUACUCAGGGAAGGCUGCCGACGUGUGGAGCCUGGGUGUGGUGCUGUACACCAUGCUGGUGGGACGUUACCCUUUCCAAGACGUGGAGCCUGCUGCGCUCUUCAGUAAGAUCCGCCGGGGGGCGUUCACGGUGCCAGAGUCGCUCUCAGUGCAGGCCAAGUCGCUGGUGUGCUGCAUGCUGCGAAAAGCUCCCUCAGAGAGACUGGAGGCCUCGGAGCUGUUGUUCCACCCGUGGCUGAACUGUUCCAACAACACAACACCUAACACGCACCUCAACCCCAGGAACUGCACUGACCAAGUGGUCCCCAGCUACACCGAAGACACGGGUUUCUAGAAUAAAAAAUGUAAAUGUC